UCUCUUGCUCUCUUUCUUAAUCAUCAUCAUCAUCAUCAUCCAAAAAAAAAAAAACUAAAAUAUAUUUAUAAAUCAACAAAAGGUGAAAGGUGGCAAGAAAGAAAAAGUGAUUUCAUUACAAUUUCAAGAACCUGAUUCAAAGGUUGUUUCUUUUCUUUCUCUCACUGGAAAGAAAAGCAAGAAAGUAAAGAAAGAAAAGAGAGAGAGGAGUGUUGUCCUUUUCUUUUCUUUUUUUGUUUUAAAAUAAAAAUUCUGUUUGAAAGACAAAAUUUAUAAACAAAGUAAUCGAAGAAUUUGUGUAAUAAAAAGAUUUCAAAAGACAAAACAGCAGCAACAAGUAUGUUGUUCUAUAGGAAAGGAGAGGGAGGCUAAAGACAGAGUCUUCUCUGGCUGCUGCUGCUCUUUCCUUCCCUUUUCUUUCUUUUCUUUUUUUCUUUUGCAAAACUGGGUCUUGAUUCUUGACUAAGGCUGCGGACAGUUAAUUCUACAGUUCAUUUCCCCAUCCAGGUGGAGACAGUAAUGCUAGGAACAUGGGAAAGAAAGGGAGUUGGUUUUCUGCAAUCAAGAAGGUCUUUUUACCCCACCCCAAGGAGAAACUAGCUAAUGAAUCAGAUAGGAAAAGCACUAAAGAAAAGAAGAAGAAAGGGCUAGGGAAACUAAGGCAUGGCGAUACCAAUUCAUUUAUUCCCCUGUUUAGAGAACCAAGUAGCAUUGAGAAGAUCUUGGAUGAGGCAGAGAGGGAGCAUAAAUUAAUUUUCAGGCCCCCAACACCUCCUGAGCAACCGAGAACACCACCUUUUGUACCAAGAGCUGCUUCUCCAAAGGUUCCUUCUCAAAGAGUUACCUCUCCUAGGGCUGCUUCUCCUAGAGUUUCUUCUCCCAGAGCUGCAUCUCCUAAGGUUGCUUCACCCCGGGCACCUUCUCCUAAGAAUGCUCAUCGUCAUAAGGAGAUAUACUACAGACCAGAACCUACUUUGAAGAAUCACCAUGCUUCAGCUACCAAGAUCCAAGCAGCCUAUAGAGGCUAUAUUGCAAGAAGGAGCUUUAGAGCUCUGAAGGGUUUGGUGAGACUUCAAGGAGUGGUAAGAGGACAGAGUGUGAAGCGGCAAACAACGAAUGCAAUGAAGUACAUGCAGCUGUUGGUCCGUGUCCAAUCUCAGAUACAGUCACGGAGGAUCCAAAUGCUAGAAAACCAAGCUCGACGUCAAGCUCAAUACAGGAAUGAUAAAGAAGUAGAGAGUACCUUGGGCAAAUGGAGCAUGGCAUCUGAGGCAGGUAACAAUGAGGAUUGGGACGACAGCUUGCUAACAAAAGAGGAGAUUGAAGCAAGGUUGCAGAGAAAGGUCAAUGCAGUUAUUAAGAGAGAGAGAGCCAUGGCAUAUGCAUAUUCCCACCAGUUAUGGAAAUCUACUCCAAAAUCUGCUCAAUCAGCUCUAGCAGAUAUCCGUUCAAAUGGGUUCCCAUGGUGGUGGAACUGGUUAGAACGUCAGCUACCCCCUUCAAGUACUCCUGAUAACCAAGCCAUUAAGCAUUUUCAACUUACACCAUCAAGGCUGCAUUCCGAACUGAAGCCUAGUCCACGGCCUUCAUCAAGCAACAACAAACAACAUCAUUUUGCAUUUGACAGUAUGGAUACUCCCACACCAAGAUCCUCAAAGUCAGUUGCAUUUAUGUCGACAAGGCAGGCACGAACUCCAGUACAUAGAACUCCACAAGCAGCCACGCCAAGCUUGUCAAAGUAUUCAAGAGCUAGAGCUAGUGGAGGUGAAUCACCAUUUGAUUUGCCGUUGAAGGAUGACGAUAGCCUCACGAGCUGCCCGCCCUUUUCGGUGCCAAACUAUAUGAAUCCAACAGUUUCAGCUAAAGCCAAAGCAAGAGCUAAUAGCAAUCCUAAGGAGAGGUUUCCUGGUACGCCAAGCAGUGACAAGAGGAGGCUUUCAUUCCCUCUAACUCAGGGCAUUGGUUCUUUCAAGUGGAACAAAGGGUCAUUCUUCUCUGGCAAGGAUUCAGGUUCUCAGAAGGGUUUAGAUAAACAUCAGCCUCAUUCCAUAGGAGAUUUGAGUGUGGAUUCAACAGUCUCUAUGCCUGCCACUGUUGGAAGAAAGCCAUUUAACAGAUUUGUGUGAAUUAUUGCCUAUAUUUUUAACAUCUUUUUUUUUUUAAAUUUUUCUUUUUAUACCUUUUGGUGUCAUUUGAUUGAGUGUAUGGUGAUAUUUUGAGUUACAAAAAUGCUGAUGUAAUAUAAUAAAAGCAACAGAUAGGAAAUCAUGGUUUGAUUGUAAGAAUUUGGGUUUUCUUCCCCCCUGAUUGCUUUAAUCAUUGAUUAUUACAUGUUGCCAA